UGAAGUCGUUAUUGAGUACAGCGCAUACCAGGAUCCGAGAAAAAAAAUUUAAACAGAAGAGGUCACUUUUGAGACCGGUUCAAUGCAGAGUACCUCAGUGCUAAAUGCUGAACCCAGCAAGAAGAACAUGGAUUCAUCCUCUGAGCACCGCUACCGCAUGAACCACCAGCGAGUAGGAAAAUGUGCCAUCAUCAACAAUAAGAACUUUAAUGAUGAUACAGGGAUGAAAGUACGUCAUGGCACAGAUGAAGAUGCAGGAGAACUGUCCAAAUCCUUUAAAAACCUUGGCUUUGAAGUUUGCAUCUACAACGACCAGUCCCGUGAACAAAUGAUGCAGAUACUGAAAAAUGUGUCGGAAGAGGAUCACACCGACAGUUCCUGCUUUGCGUGCAUUUUGCUAAGCCAUGGAGAAGAGGGCAUAAUAUAUGGAACGGACGGGGCCAUGCCCAUCAAAGACAUUACCUUCCUCUUCAGAGGAGACAUGUGCAGGAGUCUUGUGGGCAAACCCAAGCUUUUCUUCAUCCAGGCCUGUCGAGGUUCAGAGUUCGAUGAUGGUGUACAGACUGACUCAGGAACACCUCAUGAUGUUCUAGAAAUAGAUGUGAGCCCCAGACACAAAAUCCCAGUGGAGGCAGACUUCUUGUUGGCAUACUCCACUGUUCCAGGUUACUAUUCAUGGAGGAUCCCGGGCCGGGGCUCUUGGUUCAUCCAAGCUCUUUGUACCGUCCUCAAUGAGUCUGGCAAGCAACUGGAAAUCAUGCAGAUCCUCUCAUGUGUCAACUACAUGGUGGCAAAUGACUUCGAGUCCUGGUCUAAAGAUUCACGCUUCAGUGAGAAGAAGCAGAUUCCCUAUGUUGUCUUUACACUGACCAAAGAGCUUUAUUUUAACUGAUAACUAUGACCACAGAGUUACUUAAAGGUCUUUGAUUUCUAGUGUCAAAGUGUUUGAUUUCUUUAAUAAAUAAAUAAAUAAAAGUACAAAAACAACUAAUCUUUCAUAAAAAACCUUUUUCUCUUUAGCCUGUUCAAAAGGUCUACUUUUUUUCUUGAACACAGUGUUAUACAUGAUAUACAUGUUAAGGACUGUUUUGUCCAAUGACCAAAGAGCUUUAUUUUAACUGAUAACUACAUGACCACAGAGUUACUUAAAGGUCUUUGAUUUCUAGUGUCAAAGUGUUUGAUUUCUUUAAUUAAUUAAUAAAAUAAAUAAAUAAAUAAAUAAAAGUACAAAAACAACUAAUCUUUCAUAAAAACCCUUUUCUCU